CAUUUUUGGAAUUGGCAGGCAUGGCGACGACGACGGGGUCGGGGACGACGUCGCCGACGGGACGCAAGCGUCGGCGCGAGAGCAUCGAGGCGCUCGAGUGCACGAUCUGCUGCGAGUUUUGCACGACGCAGGGCGGCCAUCGCCUCGCGAGCCUCGCGUGCGGCCACUUUUUUGGCCAGAGCUGCAUCGAGCGCUGGGUCAAGACGAGCAAGACGUGUCCGAUCUGCAACCGGGUCGUGAAGCGCAACGACGUGCGCAUCCACUUUACCGAUACGAUCGCGGCCGUCGACAAUGGCCGCCAGGAAGAGUACAACCAAAAGUACUUGGCCGAAAAACAAGCGCGCAUGCAGGCCGAAAUGGACGUCGCGCGGCUCAAGCUGCAGGUCACGACGACCACGCAAGAGAUCGAGACGCAAAAACAGCGCAUCAUGGAACUGCUGGCCGAGAACUCGCGGCUCAAAACCGCACCAGUCGUUCUCUCAGACGACAGUGACGGCGACGACGAUGACGAGAAGGAAGAGGACGAGAUGAAUGCCGCUGCACGGCUCGAGUACAUGCGCGUGACCGACGGGCCGAUUCCUUGUAUUGAAGCCCGCGUCUGCGGCUUCUCGUCAACCUGUGACAUGGUCUGCAUUGGCACGCGAACGCAUGUAGCCAAUGACGAUGGCGCCCAGCAUGGGUUGCUCCAGGUGAGCACGCUGGAUGUGCACCACCGUGUGUCGAUUCCGUUGCACAAGUCGCCUGUCCGCGACCUCGGCUUCUCACACGACGACGCUCUUGUCGCGACCACAGCCUUUGACGCCAAGCUCCUCCUCACUAGUACGAAGUCCCACACGUGUGUGCUCAAGUACAACCUUCCGUUUCCUGGCUGGUCGUGCACGUGGGAUGUGGCCAACCCGUUUCUGAUUUACUGCGGCCACCACAAUGACCAGAUCUCGGUUUUUGAUAUUCGGCGCACCGGGUCGCCUGUCCAGAGUCUGGCCCACCAGCUGAAGCAGCCCGUGCACUCGAUUUGCACCAUGCAGCACGGCUCCACCAAGACCAUUGUGGCGGCGACGUUCACUGGCGUGUCCAUGUGGCACGCCUCGGACGGUGUCACGGUACCGACUGACCCGAGCUUGAACAUGGAAGUCAAAAAUUGCUUUUCGAUGGGCCACAACCAAGUCCGGCCGACGCAGUUGAUCGUCUCGACCCGGACACAACUGCCAUCGUCGCCGGCCCAGCACUUUGUCUUGUCGGUGCAACAGACCAACAACCAGCUACAGACUGUGUCCGAUGCGGUCGUUCAGGGCCACCGCACGCCGUCGGCGCUGUCUCGGUCGGCCAUGUGGCACCUGCCGCAUCAAGGCAGCUCCGUGGUCGCGUCAGCCGACGAGGAUUCGCACCAGUUGUGGCUCUGGGAAACAACGUCUGGUAACGUUGUGCGCAAGCUGGACCCGAAGUUGCCGUCGUCGAUCGUCGAUGUUCAGCACGGGGUCGUCCCGAACGUCGCGGCCGAGCAAGGCUGGCUCGCCGUCAUGAGCAAGGAGGCGCUCGUCCUGUACAAGUCGGCGGCGUCGGCCCCUAGCACCCAGCGCACCUCGUCGAUGUCAUUCUUUAGUCCAAUCGCUUCCCAAGGUCAGGCCACCCAGCGAGCGAGGGCAUAA